UGAGCUGCUGAGUCUUCAGUUGAAUAGAUUCUGUGGACUGCAGAAGAACGCCAUUACAUUUCCGUUAGGCGUGUUCCACUGACCUUUUUCCCUCUUGGAUACAAACACUUGCGGAUUACAACCACUCGGAUGGGAUUCCCUCCAUAUGCUUUUGCUGUAAAGUCUCAUUGGGUAGAAAAGGGAGAACAUCUAACCAUGCAGAUGCGCUAAGCGAAGAGGAAUGUGUAGUGACGACCCAAGAAUCGUGCAGCGGAUGGCAAGAUUUAAAAGAUUGCACUCCAUGCGACGCAAUCUGGACAGCCACACAGCCAAUCGAGAAAUCUGCCCUGUAAUUUUGUGCUCCAUGCAGAAGCAACAAUCAUAAGAUAGCAAGAAGAGGAGUGGAGGGUGCUCAUUGUCCAGAUCAAGGGAGGCGAACAUCAGCACCAGCGCACAGGCAUUCUUCUCAUUUUUACCAUGAGUAACCAUCAUAUUCUGGAUCAUAAAGAGGGAACUGCUGUCAUGUGCCCUCAGUUCCAGGUUUUGUCUGACUUUCUCAGUGCUCACUUGCCCAAAGCACCUCCUACAGAUGAGCAAAUAUUGGAUUUUAUUGAAAAAAGGCUUGCACCUUUUAGAAAUCCUUCAACUCAGCAAAAAGGAGACUAUGGUGCCACGCUCUUAAAUGAGGACUCGCAAAUCGGAGAGAACGCUGACUGCAACAUACCAGAAUCCAGCAAUGCCAUCAAUCUCCCCGCAUCCUCUUUUUCUAAUGAAGAAAAUGUCCAGAGGCAAGGUCAUAAUGUGUUGACUGAGAGGCACACUGCCACAGGAGGGCAAAUACUUGACAACUGUUCAACUAGCAGCAAGUCAAAUGCUGUGUUAACGUUCAAGCCUACAGUGACAAGGGAUUGUGCUACAGUUACAUCAGAUACACAUUCAACAGAAUAUCCACAGAUUAUGAGGAAUGUUGCUGCUGCAUGCACAAAGACUGAAGAUGCCAUUCCAGUGGUUCUGACAGCAGUGGCUGAAAUGAGCCCCGACUGCUCAUCUGACAAGAGUGUCAGUAAAAGCUUAGUCACCUGCAGCUCAGCAAAAAAAUACAGCUCUUCUUGGUUAACGCUAAACAAGAGUUUGGAUAACACAGACAAAAUGCCUGGUUUUUCUUGGACUCAAAAAUCCACAAAUAACCAAGAGAAAGAAGAAACGGGCCCAGAAACGUCUGAGGAUGUACAACUGGACAGUUUGAAAUGUGUGACUAAUACCCCAGUGGGUCAAACCCAUUCAAUAUCAGUGGUAUUUGAACACAAUACAUUGAAACCUAAAACACUCAAUGGAGAAGAUGCAAAUGGAGAAGUAGGACAAUCCACUGAGCAGCCACAACAUUUCGAAAUAGUUUGUGAGGAUGUCACAACUCUGUCAAAGAUAAAUAUGGGGAGGAAUGCACAUUUUGUUGAAUUUCCUGAUCAGAAAGCACCUUCUGUGACAGGUCUAAAAUAUGAAGACAUUACAAAUGAUCAAGGCGUGUCCCACCAGGUAACAAACCAGCCAUGUGUCCAAGUCCCAGUGUAUGAAGAUAUAAGUGAAGAUGAAGAGCCACAGAUCAAAAAUAUAGCUGUAGAAACCAGAUCACCUAUACCCACAAACCAUGAGAUAUUUAACUUGGAAAAUGAUGGUCCUGAAAAGGGGGAUGACGAGGGUGAUGAAGAUGAGUGGCUAGUCAUCCCUGUGAGUGUGGAAGACAUAGAUUUUGAACCUGAAAAUCCUGAUGAAGAACAGGAGGAUGUGGAAUUGAUUGUGUUACAUCCUGAAAAAGCUUCAGGCGCAGGAAGAUGGAAUGCCACAAGACUUGCACAAUAUCAGCCAGAUUCAGACCCGGCACUAGCUGUUGUGCCUUCCCAGAUAGAAGUGUUUGAUACGUUUGACAGCUUUGUAAAGGCUAAAAGUAAACAGCUUGGUUUCUGUAAAAGCACACCUCCAGAUGAACUGCACCCUAAUACCACACUAUAUAAUGCUCAGGACAAUAAAAUGAUUGAAUCGGAGUCCGAAGACAGCUGUGAAACUGAUGAUAGUUGUGAUUACUCAUCUGCAACUGAGCGAAACCGUUUGACAGUGGACAGACGAUUGCUGAAGGAAAUUUCUGAACCUGCACCAUCAGAUCAUUUUUUGUCUGAACACAAGGGUAGAACCAGGAGACAUAAGUGUAAAGAAGUGCUGGAUUCCAGAAAAGGAUCAGGGCCAAAGGCUUCAGAAGCAAAUGAUGUAAUAGUUCUCAAUUCAGAUACUGAUGAUGAAAGUGAUCAAAUGAAAAAGACAGCAUUGUUCCUAAGCUCAGAGGAUGGGGCUGCUCCAUGUCACGAAAGUAGUUUGCCAUUUGAAUCCAACUUUAUUGUUAAGCAGCUUAAACAGGGCACAAAUAGAAUAAAUGUUUCAGCGCAACAAGAUAUUAUAAACAUCGACUCUGAUUCGGACUCCUCUGGAUCAGGAAAUGGCCAGCUGACUGAAGAUAGGGAGCAUAAUAAACAAGGGACCAGCAGACCAAGAAUGGCAAAAGUGGUUAAAAAGGACAGUAUAUGCAAAAAGAAGCCAUCUGUAGAGAGAACUGUCUCAUUAGUAUCAGGUGGUGGUGGUAGUACUUCAUUUAGUGUGCAAAACAAACUUUCCACUAAAAUGGCAAAUCACCAUACUGACAGUGAAAGGCCUAAAAAAAAGACAUCUAAAAGCUCCUCAGACAGGCUUCCCCAGUCUGUGAGCAAGAAGGCACGCCCCGAUGAGCCUGUGAUUGGUCGUCUUUUUGUUGUGGGGUCUUCCCCACCUGGAAGUCACUUGAAACUUUCGAAGGAACCUAAAAACAGGCUAGGUGAAGAGGAACGAAAGAGCCACACAAAAACUAAAUCUGCAUCUGGACCUGACAAUAACCGCACCGCAAAUAAACCUUUGGCCAGCGUGACAAAACCUAAACUGGCCUCUAGACAGAUGUCUAACCAAGAACGGCUGUCUCUUUCCAUCAGCACCUCUACUACGACAAGUGAACAAUUUCCUCAAGUCAGACAAAGAUCUGCCUCUGUUACAGUGUCUGCCCUCUCUAGCGUUCCUAAAUCUAAGCCAAGCACAUCAGUAGCAACACAUCACUUGUCUUCUUCCAAAUUGAAGCGUUCUCACUCGUAUAGCAGCGCUUCAACACUAGAACUUCCUAAAACACUCUCAAAAGACUUGGUGUCCUCUACAAACACACAAUCCUUUGCAAAGAAACGGUUAAGGACUGAAUGGCAUGAUAGCUUUGUCCCAACAAAGUUGGAUAGAAGACCUAGUCCAGGGGCAGAUAAACCAUUAAGAAACAAAAGCUGUGAUUCAAGUGGCCACGCAAGGCCAGGACCUAGUCAUCAAAGCAGACCGACGGCAUCGAGACAUCAACACGUCAACAAAUUUGCCACCCCCCUGAUGAAAAGGACCAAGCAGGAAGCCAUACAAAGGACAAAGGACAUAAAUCGGACCAUGUCAAGUGGGCCAAGCAACAUCGUGAGCAAACAUUACAAGUGGGCAGAGGAGCAAAAGCCAGUGAAAGGUGAUACUGCAGCUUCCGGCUGGAAAAGGAAAAGUCUGUGAUCCCGAGUCCCCAUCGAGGAUGGGUGUCUACAAGUGCCUGCCAGACAGAUCAUUGAGUGUUGGAUCAGCAGUUUUCACCUAGCAGAUUGUCUGUCAUUUUCUCAGUGUUUCUAUACAAUUACUGUCUUCCCAGUAUUUUUUUCUUGUCAUAAAAUAGAAUACACUGUAUUUUAAUAGUUUUUUGUAUAUUCACAUGUUUUUUUGUAACAUCUACCUCAAUAUGUGUAAAUUGUGUAAUUUAGUUAACUGUUAGUUUUUUUUUUUUCUAAAAACCUGUUUUUAUUUUUUCUCCUCAUUUUGAAACAGUUUUCUAAUACCACAGUAUGAUAAGCUGUAAUUUGAAUGAUUUGCUGUUUUUUUUACCACUAGAUGGAGACGUUGUACAGAUUUAGGCAGCAGGCCUGUACUGAACAUGUACAAAACAUUUGACCUGUAAAAAAAAAAAUAUAUAUAUAUGUAUGUUUGUGUGUAUAUGUAUUUCAUUAAACAUUUUAGAUUAGCUAUUAUUAUUAUUAUUAUUAUUAGCAAGAAAGUUUUGUCCAUUUUAAUAAAAGUUUGGUUGAAUGUCAAACAUACAGAGUGAUACUGGAAUAUUCAGUCAUUUAUUCAGAUUAUCUCACCAAUAAAGUCGUAAUUAUGGAAUGGUUGCUUUAUGAACAUGUUAAUGUUUGUUUCUUUUUUAUUGUACGUAAACUGGGUGUCCUGCAGAAGCUUUUUCCUAAAUGUAUUAACCACUGAUUUGAUCAGAUUGUUUAUAUUUCUGGAGUACUGAUUAGCUAUUCGGACCAGUAAACACAGGUUGAAGGAAAGCUUUACUGAUUUUUUAAUGGGGGUUGACUUACAGACUACUACUAGUGCUUUAAAUGAUCAUUUCUAUUUCUAUUGGUACCGAUUAGUGUACUCUUAAAUUGUUGUACUUAUUGUCACAAAACUAAUGAGAAUUGUCCUGCAUACAUUAAAACACCCUUGUGUGGUGGAGAAUAUUCAUCACAUUCUGGACGUUUGAGGUUUUUGAAUGCCUCAUCAUGGAGGGGAAGAGAUUAUUCCAGGUUUGUAAUAAUGUCAGGGUUACUGUCCUCUAGAGCAAACCAAGUAGAACCUAAAUGAUGUGGCAGAUCUGUGCCCUGAGGCAUGAGCUCCAACAGCCAUUUACAGAUAAUGUCCCUACGAGUUGUGGUAGCGGGGAAAACCCAUCCUCUUAUAUGUGAUGAUGGAUAGGACAAAUCCAAGAACAUGUGGCGAAAGCAGACAUCUAACUUUGUGCUGCAGUUGAAGCACACAGAAGUACAGGUAUUGAAUACACAAAAAGAUGUUCACCCAUCACACUACAUUACACACUUCGGUCAUCUGUAGGUCAAUGAUAAAGCCUCAGUGACUGACAAGUGAUGGUAAUAUUGAUCAUGAUGUAAUCCUCCUUGUCAAGUUUAUUGGUCAAUAGUCUUAAAAUAAAAUAAAUUCCCAUAGGGUUGAUUGCUUUUUGUUUUAUCUUUAUAUUUACAAAUGACUUCUCACUCACUCCCAUAUUCAUAACUCCAUUCAUGAGGCACUGGGGCGUUGGAGCGUAAUCCAUCUGUCAUUCAGGCGAAAGAUUCAAGAUUAAAAAAAACUUUAUUUAUUUAAAAAUCUAAUUCCUGAGGGAAAUUGCUAUGUCCACUUGUGCUAAUGAUAGAAAGUGCCCCUUCCUUGGAGUGGUCUCACUCCUACAAGCUCGGGCUCGGGUCCUCUACCAGAGGCCUGGGAGCUUGAGGGUCCUGCACGGUAUCUUAGCUGUUCCUAGGAUGCACUCUUCUGAACAGAGAUCUCAGAUGUUGUUUCUGGGAUCUGCUAAAAUCACUCUCCCAACUUGGGAGUUACAGCCUCUAGUGCUCCUUCUUCCUGUUGUUGCCACAUCACUACAGUCUUGUUCUCUUGUUUCUCGUUUGUUCACCACUAUGUCGGGCUGGUUGGUCUGUAUCUGGAAGAUAUAACAAUUUAUAUAUGUGUGUUUGUGUGUGUGUGUAUAUAUACAUAUAAAUAUAUAUACACAUAUGUACAUAUGUCUACAUAAUUACUUUCUAUGCUCAUACAUUUACAAUUCAAGUUAGUUUGUAUGCACAUACAACUCCUACACACAUAUGUAUGUACAUAUGUAUGUAACUCCUUAUCAGUUGGUAUUGUCUGUUACUGUCUGCCACGUUCAUGCUGCUAUAUAUUUAUUAAACUGCUAAAUAAAUGUAA